AUGGACGAGAGUAAGGACAUAGUUAAAUUUACGCUGGUACACCACGUGCUCCACAAGGCCAACGAAGAAGGUGCUAAGGAUUUGAGUCGUGUCUCUGAAGAAAUAGAGGCAUGUGCAUGGUUUUCGUCUGAAUGCCUAUGCGAAAAGCACUCUCUCUCGUACGCAAACUAUUUGCGCUGCUUGCCGUCUCUGCAGGAGCCUAUCGCAAGGCACAAAAUAGUGUUCCAUGAUGGAGCUCAAAAUGCCUAG